AUGCCGCCUAAGCGCAUGACAGCGAACCCGGUGAAGCCCUCGCGGCAUCGCGCGGGCAAGCACACGGGCGACGACUCGUCCUCUGAUUCCGACAGCGACGCCGACGAAGCGCUCGCCGCGCCGGCCGCCGCCAUCCCUCCGCCGCCCAAGGCCGCCAGCGCGGGCAAAAUCAUCAGCAACCUCAGCAAGGUCGACCUCGAUGCGCGCCGAAAAGAGGCGCAAGCUGCCGAAGAACGACGGCUAGCUGCCGAAAAGGCACAGCGGCAGGUCGCCGAGGAAGGCUUCGUCACGGAGGAGGAAAGCGGCGCCGAGGACGCAAAAGCCGGCGGCGGCGAUGACGACGAGUCCGACGAGGACGAGGAGGAGUCUUCGGAAGAAGAAAGCAGCGAGGACGAGGCACCCCGACGAAUGAUGAUGCGACCCAAAUUUAUACCCAAGAGCCAGCGCGGCGCCGACGGCCAGACACCCGCCGAGGCGGAGGAAGCCGCGCGCCUCGCCGAAGAGGCGGCCCGGAAAAAGGCCGCCGACGCGCUCGUCGAGGAGCAGAUCAAAAAGGACCUGGCGGCGCGGGCCGCGGGAAAGAAGCACUGGGACGACGAUGAGGACGCGGCGUCGGACGUGGACACGACGGACGGGCUGGACCCGGCGGCCGAGGAGGCGGCGUGGCGCGUCCGCGAGCUGAAGCGGCUGAAGCGCGCACGCACCGCCAUCGAGGAGCGCGAGAGGGAGCUCGCCGAGGUCGAGCGCCGGCGGAACCUGACGGCCGAGGAGCGCGCCGCCGAGGACGCGGCCUUCCUGGCUGAGCAGCAGGAGGAAAAGGACGGCAAGGGCAAGAUGGGCUACAUGCAAAAGUACUUCCACAAGGGCGCCUUCUUCCGCGACGACGCCGAGGCGGCCGGUCUGCUGCAGCGCGACCUCAUGGGGGCCAGGAUCGCCGACGACGUCCGGAACCGCGAGGCGCUGCCCGAGUACCUCCAGCGGCGGGACAUGACCAAGCUCGGACGCAAGGGCGCGACAAAGUACAAGGAUAUGCGGAGCGAGGAUACGGGGUCCUGGGGCGGCGAUCGGGAUCGCAGAGGAGGAGGAGGAGGAGGAGGGGGGAGGGGCAGGUUUGAGGAUGAGAGGUUCAUGCCGGACGAUGAGCGCUUCCGACCGGACGACAGGGCGGGCGGCAAGGGAGCGAAUGCGAUGCCGUUGGGGGAGAGACGCCGUGACGGUGGCGACAGGAGGCGUUCACGAUCGAGGUCGCCCCGGCGGGGGGAGAGGGACGAGUAUCGAGGGAGCAGGAAGAGGAGCACGUCGCGGGAUCGCGGCGAGGAUAAGCGACGAAGAGUCGAAGCAGACCGGUAG